CAUUUAAGAAAAACAUUUGCGAUCAAACUAAUCAAACUACCUGCUUUGUGAUUUAUCUGGGUCAUAUUCCGAAGCUUGGUUAGCGAAUAAUCUGGUUCAAUUUAGCUCAAAGCUCAAGUUUGGUACGAGUCGAUCUAUUAUAUCUACUAUAUCUACUAUCAGCUAGACGCGAGCGCAAAAACUUGGGGUUACGCGUAAGAAAUUUUCCGUGGGCUUUUGCUUCUAGUUAAGGCUUAACUGUUAAGCAAUGCGAUGACGAUGGCUUCCCAACCUCCCAUUUUUGGAGCGAGCCAGCCUCCCGUGAGCCAAGCUCCUGUGAGCCAGCCUACUUCGUUUGGAACGUCGGGAAACCUCUGGGGAAGCUCGACUACGGUGUCGGGCCAAUCGACAUCAGCAUUUGGCGUACCUCGGAAGACAAAAACACCUAAGCAGACGAUUGGAAAUAGCGCCAUAUUUCCAACCACAACUCCUCAACAUAAAAGGUCUCAUAAGACUCUAUUUGGAGGCCCUAAGCAAGCCAUUCAAACUCCGGUAUCUUUAUUUGGCACCACUACUCCUCAAACUACCAAUGACAUCCCCAGUUUUACACCUCAAACCAUUCCGCCUCAAGCAACUCAGACGAACCAGUCGAGGAAUCCGACCAACCCACAACUAAGCUUUUUCAGCAUUGGAAGGUCUACCACCCCGGCCAGCCCUUCACCAAUCUCACGAUCAAGGAGUUCUAUAUCAAGGAGCUCUGUAUCAAGCGGCACUGUAACCCCCGCUACUUCGUUUACUUCUCAGUCACAGUCAACUGCACGAGAGUCGACUCCUAGGCCGUUCAAGACUUAUACCGAUCCAAAUGGCGACUUAUGUCUCACCGUGGGCCCCCAGGCGACGGAAUUUGUAGUAUGUUCUAAGACCAUGGCGAGGUCAUCGCCUUUCUUCAAGAAGAUGCUCUACGGAGCGUUUUCCGAAGGCAAAAAGGCGCAACCGGGGAGCGAGAAAUCGGACUGGGUGGUAAAAUUACCUGAGGACAAUGUCGCCGCCAUGACAAUCAUCCUUAACAUCAUCCACGGCCGUUUCGACAAGGUCCCCGGCUAUGAGGAUUUCGUAUACACGACGCAUUUCUACAACCUCUGCGUCUUGACAGAUAAAUACGACAUGGCCCACGUAUUGCGGCCGUGGGCCAAAGGUUGGUCGCGCUCUACGCAUAACCAAUGCGAAAAGCUUGGCCAAUCUUUACGAACGAAGUUCUGUCACGAACGACUGUGGAUUUCGUGGGAACUUGGGGAUCGGGUUGCUUUCGAGAGUAUGGCGAAGGGGAUGCUCAUGAAUAGCUCCGCCUCGGCGGGUAACAAUCUGCGUUAUGUCGGGGCCUUGGAGCCGCCUGAAAUAUAUGAGAGGAUAGAGAAAGUCCGGUUGGACACGAUCACGUCGCUUCUCAAGCCCCUGAAUGAUAUUAUCGGGCGUCUUGUCCGGAACGACGUAUCAUUCUGCAGGCAAUGCGACUCCUUCAACAAAAACAGAUGCUUGGCUCUCACACUCGGGAAAAUCAUCCAGGCGCUUCACCGUCAUGGGCUUUGGCCGCUUCCUGAGUCCUUAACAGAUCUUCCAUACAGCGUAUCGACUCUUGCUCAGAAACUCCAUCUUAUAGAAACUGAGAUAAAUAAGGAUAGCCAUCAUAACUCCCUGUUUGCUUCGGUCGAUAGUGUAAGAACCGAGGUUGAGAACACCUUAAACGCCAUUCCUUCGCUACUGACCGAAACACACCUCAAACACCUCGCGGCCCAGGCUAAGAAGACCGGAUUCGCUACGCCUGAAGCCUUAAUGGCUAAAUCAUGAGCGGAGCUAGUACUCAACAUCAGCACUUCGCCUACUAGUGGAUGUGGAUCGUUUAGACACUCAUGCUGCUAAGAGCCUAUGAGAAUAGAGCUAUCAAAGCUCGAGAAAUCUUCAGAAUCGCUCCGUGGCAUAGAGUUGGCAAACACCAUCACUACAGGCGAGAAUUAAUGCAUUACCGGCGGUCUUGAGGGCCAAUAUUUACUU